AUGUCAUCAACGGUAGUGCCCAAAUUGACAAUCAUUACAAAACGUGAGCGAUCUAUUUCGCCCAUACCUGAAUCAAUCAGUCCACCUCAAAUUGAAACUUCUCCAAAACGAACACGACGACGUCACUCGUCAUCUGCUACUUCGACAUCAGCUUCUACAAUAUCUCACACAAAUACAUCUACAACAGACGGUGGUGAUGAGGUGAAAAUAUUCACAUCGUCAGCUGUAAGUGAAACAAAUGGACAAACUACAGAUGAUGACGAUAUCGAUGUAGAUGGAAUUGAUGAUAGAUUAUCACCGGUCGUUGUUGAACCAACGAGUCCGGUUAAAACCGCAACAGAUACUUUGAACAGUGAUACACCCUCAUCUAUUCAUCCAUCAUUUCCAAAUGGUUAUGGUGGUUUUUUUCCAUAUUUUCCAAUGUUUCCUUAUUUUAAUGGAUACCAUCCUUCAUCACAAAUGCCACUCACAUCCACGAGUAAUAGUAACACAAAUCAACCACAUUUCGAUAAACUUCGAUCGAUAUCACCUGGAAUAUAUCCACCUUCGAUGCACAUGGGUCUGUUAACCAGUCCAACUAGAGGCAAUAUGGGUGGUCCGAUACUUAAUCCACAUCCAAAUUUCCCAUAUACUCAACAGUGGCGUCCAAAUUUGUUUCCAUUUGGUUUGCCAUUUGGCAAUGGAUCGCCUGGAAAUCAUAAUUUACAACAUCCUAAUUUAUUCGAUGGAACAGAACGAAGUGUAAAUGCGAUAUUAGAUAAUCAAAAGCCGAGAAAGCCCCAUAUUAAGAAGCCGCUAAAUGCGUUCAUGUUAUUUAUGAAAGAACAACGUCCACAUGUCAUUGCCGAAUGUGUUUUGAAAGAAAGUUCACAAAUUAAUAAAGUUUUAGGACAAAAAUGGAAACAAUUGCCAAGAAGUGAACAAGAUAAAUAUUAUGAAAUGGCCAAAGAAGAACGUAUUCGACAUAUGAAAGAACAUCCAGGAUGGAGUGCACGUGACAAUUAUGGUAUAAGAAAGAAGAGAACACAAAGUGGUCUAUCACAUAAAAAACCUCGAGAAAAGUUGGACACAGAAAAUGGAGAUUGUGUUAAUCAGAAAAAAUGUCGCGCACGUUUUGGUUUGGAACAACAAGGACAGUGGUGUAAACAUUGCAAGCGAAAAAAGAAGUGUACACGUUUCACAGAGGAAGGUGGUGAUGGUUUUAGUGGUAGUGGAAAUUUAACGGGAGCUGAAUCAAGUUUAGAUGAAGAUGAUGAUUUGAAUGAUAGAAGUAGAGACAGCAAUGAAGAAAAUAGACUGAAUUUGACAUUAACAAAUAAUCACAACGUUCAUUCAUCGAGAAUUGAACGAUCACCUCAAGGACAUUCUCAUCAUCCUCAACAUCGUCCGCACCAUUUAGAAAACAUUCGACCACCUCCACAUCUGACAUUACUACAGCAGCCGCAAUUUUUUCAUUGA